GGAGGGACUUUGUUCAUUUGAGGGAAGCAUGGAGCGAACGGCAAACGUUGGGCAGCGAAAACGAGCUUUGUGGUAAAUGGACUGGCUAAGCCUUCGACAUGUCUGCGUAAGCGAUCGUAAUACCUGAUGACGUUGGGACUUUUGGGUUGUGAUUUCUUCCACCUCCAAUAAUAAGCGGAUUUUACAGAAAAGAAACACAAGGACUGUUAUCCACAUGGCAGCUUCCAACCUCGUCAAAACCGUUACAAAGUUCAUUCCCCCGCUGAGCAAUGCCUUGCACAAAGGGCAAGCCGUUUAGGAAGAAUUGCCGUCAUUGGAGGUAGUGAAGAGUAGGUGCCCUCCAUUUGGAGUGAAUUGUGUAACUGUUUGUAGAUCCCGUCAAGAUGCAUAUUGUGUUUUUGCUUACAUUAAAUGACUCGGAUAGCUACACUGGCGCACCUUACUUUGCUAGCAUCUCUUCUCUAAAGAUGGGAGCCGACUUGUGUCAUGUAUUUUGUGAAAAGAAUGCUGGUCUCGUCAUCAAGAGCUAUUCACCGGAGCUCAUGGUCCAUCCCUAUCUCCGCAACUCCGACUCAAUAGGUAUUGAUCUGAAGAAUCAGGAUCGAGUUGAAGCAGAAAUAAACAAGAUUGUCGAGCGCGUCACGUCAAUGUUUCCCCGUCUGCACGUCCUUGUCGUAGGACCAGGGUUAUCUCGGGAUGAGAUCAUGAUCGAAACGACAAAAAGGGUCAUUGUGAAAGCAAAGGAAAAUGGGAUGCCUCUAGUGAUUGAUGCGGAUGGCUUGUACCUCGUGCAAAAGAACCCAGACAUAAUCCGAGGAUAUCCUUUGGCUGUGCUAACGCCUAAUGCCAACGAGUUUACGCGCCUGUGCGAGUCAGUGAAUGUCCCUUGCGGAAAGGAAUACCGUGAUGACGUUGCGCUAAAAUUAAGUCAAGCGUUUGGGAAUGUAACGAUCCUUCAAAAAGGUUCAAGGGAUAUAAUCAGCAAUGGCAAAGAGGUGUUGAUAUGCGAUGCGGAAGGCAGCCCACGUCGGUGUGGAGGCCAGGGUGACCUUCUCUCCGGAGCGUGUGCGACUUUUUUAGCAUGGGGCAAAAAUUACGAAGCAAAGGCCUGGGAGUACGUUAUUGACUAUGUGCCAUACCUAUAUGUGUACAAGUUUGACCAUUUUACAGGCACCCGUCAAAUCCAGAUAUUGACAACGACUUUCAAGUCCGCAUUCCUUUGCUCGCAGCAUGGGCUGCUGCCUUAUUAACACGCAACUGUUCUCGCGCGGGAUUUGCAAAACAUGGACGAGCUAUGAUGACGACAGACAUGAUUGAACAGGUGGGGGAUGUCUUUAGAUCAACUUUUGAGCCGGAUCAGAAGAAAGCGACCCUCUAGUAUCUAUAUUCUUUAUACAACACGGUAAUCCGCUUGGCAUAUGUACAGAGUUAGCAGUGUGGCGGCCUGCGCAGGACCAAUGGGAGGCAGAGUGGGCAGAUACAUUUCGUUGUGUAUAGAGGGCUGCUGAGCCGACCCUCUUGAUCUCCGCGUGCACCCCGUUCA